CUAAAAAGCAGUUUUAUUUACUUUACCAGCAGGGUAGUUGUUGUGCUUUGCUGGGGUUUUUGAGGGGUAGUUUAGAAACGGUCCAUAUGGUGUAAAAAAUAGCUGACUCCGAUGUUUUAUUAACUGAUUUUUCCUUGAAUUUGAAUCUUUAUGGCUGUGAUUUUAUUUUCCAUAAUCAACUAAACUUGAAUUUAUUUUUAAAUUUUUACAAAAUGCCAAAGUUUUUCUUGCCUUUCCUGACCACCCUUCUGGUUAUUUUUGCAUUUCCUCUGUGUUCUUGUAGCCCUAGUGAUUUGGACGCAGUUGUAGUGAUAUUCCGUCAUGGUGAUAGGACGCCAAUUAGGCCUUAUGAAAAUGAUCCUUACAAGAACAGAUCUUAUUGGCCGGUGGAUUGGGGGAUGUUGACUAACGUUGGCAAACUAAGACACUACGAUUUGGGCCAGUACUUUCGGCAACGCUACUUGGACUUUCUACCAACAAUUUAUUCGGAAAAGGAUAUUUAUGUUCGUUCUACAGACGUGGACCGUACCUUGAUGUCUGCAGAAGCAAAUUUAGCUGGGCUCUAUCCUCCUGUCAAUACUGACAUAUGGAAAACUGGUUUAGCCUGGCAACCGAUACCAAUACAUUCCAUCCCGGAAAAACUGGAUGCUGUACUAGCCGCCAAGAAGCCUUGUAAAAAAUACGAUAUUCUUUUAAAAAAACUAUUCCAAAAUGAAUAUUUUAGAAAUGUCAGUCAUGUCAAUCGUGAUUUAUAUGCAUAUUUAACUAAAUACGCUGGUGAAAGUAUUGACAACAUAAGACACUUGGAAUAUUUGUAUAAUACUUUAACAAUUGAGACGCUAAACAAUUACACUUUGCCUAAUUGGACCAAAACGGUUUUUCCAAGUAAAAUGCAAAAAUGGGCAGAAUUGAGCUUCGCUACAGACACUUAUACAACAGAGUUAGCUAGAUUGAAAACAGGGCCUUUCUUUAACGAGCUCAUAAAGUAUUUUACCAAUCGAACUGUUACCCCUAAAGGGGCUCGAUACCAUGCACCAAGGUUUGUUAUUAAUUCUGCUCAUGAUACAACCAUAGCAAAUUUACUUAACUCCAUAGGGGCCUUUGAGUAUCACUGCCCACCUUAUACAGCUACCAUUAUUUUUGAAUUGCAUAAACCCACAGAUAACACAUCUUAUAUAAAUAUAUUUUAUAAAAAUACCUCUGAAGCAGUACCAAUUAAAUUGCGCAAUUGCGAAAAUAAUUGCGACUUAAAAUGGUUUCAAAACAUUCUAAGUCCGAUAUCACUGAAUUUGGACCAAUGGGAAACAGAGUGUAAUAGUUUGAUUCUAUUUGAUAAUCCUUUGAAUUUGUAUAUUUUAUUGUGUGCCCUACUUGGUGCAAUGGGCGGUAUUAUAGGGUUGAUAUUUAUUGUGAGAAAAAACGCGCAGAAAUCGAAUGCUAGCAUGUAUACUCAGUUACCUGACGAAGAGUAUGCUUAAAAAUUUUGAUAUAAAAAGGCUGAUUAUUAUUGUAUGUUUUGGAAAUUAAGUUUUUUUUUUUUUUUUGUAAUUAUGAUUUUUUCAGCAAAUACGUAUUUGCAAAUUUGGCUCACUAGUUUUAAAUGCACACCUUACAUUUUGUUACAUUUGCUCAAAUUUGGUGUUUUCAGCUUUUUAUCUCUCAAAAAUUUUUCGAGAGAGGUUCAAACUGAAAACGCCAUUAGUCUUUUCUCUAUAGGAUGCCCCAGAUAAAAAUAAGGCGCAAAUGAAUGAAGAAAAAACAAAUAUUUGCACUAUAUACUAAGGUCAUUUUGCCAAUGUAAUAGUAUAAUGAUGAAAAUUUAUUUUUGUUAACCUUUUAUACUAUUUACACAGACAAUUUUUUUGUUUUUCGUCUACUUUCAUUAAAUUUGCUCGUUUAUCUUAUCUUGGACAAACUUCAAUAUCUUUUUAGAUUAUUUUAUGGUAAUUAACUUUUGCAUUUUUUUUUUGUAUUUCAAUUAUCAUGGAGUGUCGGCAAAUGCUUUUCUUCUUUCCAAAUUGAGUAUAUUAUUUAAUUUUUAUGCUUUGUGGACACUCUAAUAAGUGUAAAUGUAGAAUUAAGUAUAGAUUUGUACUUAAAGAGAUUUAAUAUGAAAAUAACCCUAUUUAUACAAACAAUGUGAAGGAUAUAUUUAUUAAGGAAUAAAAGACCAAUGAUAUAUUUAACAGCAA